AUGAGGGACAAUGUGACCUGGGUGAGUGAGUUUGUCUUAAUGGGUCUCUCAGAUGACAGACAGACCCAGGCUGGGCUCUUUGUGCUCUUUGGGGCCACCUACCUGCUGACCCUGCUGGGCAAUGGGCUCAUCCUCCUCUUGAUCGCACUGGACACGCGACUCCACCUGCCCAUGUACUUCUUCCUCUGCCACCUUGCAGUUGUGGACAUUUGCUACACCUCCAGCGGAGUCCCACAGAUGCUGGCACACUUCCUGCUGGAGAAGAAGACCAUCUCCUUUGCCCGAUGUGGGACCCAGCUCUUCUUCUCCCUGGCCCUUGGGGGGACCGAGUUUUUGCUGCUGGCUGCCAUGGCCUAUGACCGCUACGUGGCCAUCUGUAAGCCCCUGCGUUACAUGGCAGUGAUGAGUCCCAGGCUCUGUGUGGCACUGGCUGGUGUCCCUUGGCUCAUGGGCCUGGCUAACUCUUCUGUGGAGACAGCAGUCACCAUGCGCCUGCCCACCUGUGGGCACAAUGUGCUGAACCAUGUGGCCUGUGAGACCAUGGCACUGGUCAGGUUGGCUUGUGUAGAUGUCACUCUCAACCAGGUAGUCAUAGUGGCCUCCAGUGUGGUGGUACUGCUGCUGCCCUGCUUCCUAGUCUCUCUGUCCUAUGUUCACAUUGUGGCCUCCAUUGUGAAGAUCCGCUCUACCCAGGGACGCUGUAGAGCCUUUGAGACCUGCGCCUCUCACCUCUCUGUGGUCUCCAUGUCUUAUGGGAUGGCCCUCUUCACCUAUCUCCAGCCCCGUUCCAGGGCCCCAGCUGAGCAGGACAAGGUGGUGGUGCUCUUCUACGCUGUGGUGUCCCCCAUGCUGAACCCACUCAUUUAUAGUCUGCGGAACAAGGACGUCAAGGCUGCUGUAAAUCGGGUUCUGAUACAGAGCUCGGAGUCUAAAUGGUAGGUGGUGACUUUUAGUUGUAAGGCCUCCCUGAGGACACUGGAGACUGGAUUAGGAACGGCCAGCACAAUACCCAAGAGUUUGUCUGGCUGCGCAUGUUAUCCUGUGUGUGUGUGUGUGAGACACUGACAGGUGGUAGGACAGUGAUCUGUGCUCCUCUCUCCUGUUGUAAUAGGGAUGUGGGGUUUUGUCUCUGGACUCUAUUUUAAGCCCACAUCUUAUUCCAAAGGAAAGGAAUUAUAUUAACUUAAAAAUGCAUAUGGCUGUAUGAGAAUAGAUAAUU